AUGCGGCGCUGGAAUCCAUGCGCCGUGGCAGUUGCGCUGUUCUCUGUUUCUCGCGCGAUUGCCUCCGAGAGAAUGACACGUAAGGUGCAGAAGGUCCCAACUGUGCACAUUGACGGGGUGGAUGAGUCAGCAAAGGAUAACGAAGAUGCCGGUGGGGUUGAAGGUGAGGGUGCGGAAGAAUCUGUUGUUGAGAUGGUCGAGGCGGAACUGCAGGCACUACCCAAAACGUAUAGAGGAAAGUCGCUGAAAGAGUCGUGUUUGUCCAUGGAAGAGAGGCGACUGCUUGCACAGAUGCUUUUUGAGACACAUUACACUUCGGAAGGAGAGGGAAAAGAGGACAAGGCAAUGCGGUAUCAAAGUGCAUUGGAGGUGCAGUGGUUGGAAGAGUGGGCGCUCGGCGCGGGGUGGAGCGAGAAGGACGCAGUACGUAGUGCUGUUAAGAAGGCGGUGCUGCAGCGUGUUGAUCUGCAUAAACCUCUUGCAUAUAUUAUCGGACAUCAGCCUUUUUAUGGGUGCAAUAUUCACUGCUCUCCUCCACUACUGUGUCCAAGACCGGAGACAGAGAUGUGGACUCACUGGUUUGUUCAGAAAUAUCUUGCCCACUCAGUAGCCGGUGACAAGCCACCGUUACGUGUAUUAGACAUGUGCUGUGGCACUGGAUGUGUUGGUAUUGCCAUCGCCGUGCAUGUACCACACACAGAAGUUGUGGCGGUUGAUAUUAUGGAUGAGGCCGUACAGGUCUCUGAGGAGAAUGCAAGACGAAAUGGUAUUCCCUCAUCGCGUUAUCGUGCAAUCAAAAGCGACAUGUUUGAGGCCUUUUUUGCACCUGAUGGCAAUUCCAGUAGUGAAAAAAAUGAGGAGGAAAUGGGCGGGAAAAGAAAGACAAAACUGGCAGAUUCAUACGUGGAUUCGUUGGACAUUAUUGUCUCAAAUCCUCCUUAUGUACUUCCGGAGCAGUACUUUUGCCUCCCUCCUAGCAUAAAACUUUGGGAAUCGAAGCUUGCCUUGGUGGGCGAUGCUAAGCGGGAGAACCAUCAAUAUUUCUAUUUUCAGGAGCUCUGCGAAUUGGGGGCUACCAUGUUGAAGCCGAAGGCGCAUCGUGAUAAGGCUCUUGUCGAUGCACCAAAUUUCAUUGUGGAGGUGGGACUGCAGGGAGAGCGUGUGGCUUCUCUCAUAGAACGGAGCGGGUUGUGGGAGAAUGUGGAGGUGCAUCUUGACUACGCACAGCAGCUGCGCUGGAUAACUGCCUCGUCCUCCCAUUGA